ACACAUCUGGGAUUACAUGACGCACAACAACCCAACUGUGAUCGUAGACCAAAGCAACGGAGACGUCGCCGCCGACUCGUACCACAACGUGGAACGUGACGUGGAGAUGAUGCGCGAGCUGGGGCUGGACGCGUACCGCUUCUCUCUCUCCUGGUCCAGGAUCCUCCCCACGGGCUUUGCCAAUGAAGUGAACCAAGCCGGCAUCAACUACUACAACAACCUCAUUAACGAAAUGCUCAAAUACAACAUUCAACCCUUGGUCACGUUGUACCACUGGGAUCUGCCGCAAAGACUGCAAGAGUUGGGAGGGUUCGCGAACCCACUAAUCGCCGAUUGGUUCGAGGACUACGCGAGGGUGGUAUUCGAG